GAUGGAUGAACAAAGAGAGUCUUCUACACUCUACUGGGUUUAUUUUGCAUACGGCAUUGCCAUGCUUUUACCAUGGAACGUCUUUAUCACUGCCUCAGAUUACUUUUCCGUUCGGUUUUCAGGCUCUGGUCAUGAAACUGACUUCAUGAGUUACUUUUCUGCUUUUUCCAACGUGUCGAAUUUACUUUCCUUAUCCUUGUUUCUCUGGCUCCGUCAAAAAAAGCACAUGGGAAAUGUGGACGUAUUGAUUCCUUUAUCUAUUAAUUUGGCAAUAUUUUUAUUUUAUACAGUUACGUCCUGGGCACCCAACAUGAUUGCUGCACAUGUUUACUUUCGCCUUACGGUGUUUUGUAUGUCCGUCGCUGGAACCACCACUAGUUUAUUACAAUUGACUGUAUUUGCCGAAGCAAGUCAGUUAUCUCCUAAAUAUAUGCAAGCUGUCAUGAGUGGACAAGGUAUUGCUGGUGUCUCUGUGUCUCUGUUCUCUCUAAUGACAACGGUAUUUGGUGGUGACGGUACUAUCUUCUAUUUCUUGGGAGCUUUGCUUGUCACUUUGGUCAGUAUGUUGGGUCGCCUCCAUCAACAUAAAACCAAUAAUUAUCAACUUGUGGAGGAUAUCGAUUUAUCUCUUGAUCCUGUCACCGAACCCGACUUACCAUUAACUAGCAUCCUUAAACGAUCCAAACGCUAUAUAUUUACUGUGGUAUACAUUUACAUCAUAACACUUUCGAUUUUCCCAGCAUUGACGAGUCAAUUCGGAUGGACGGCGGUGGAUGGAGUGAAUACAAAGCAGGUAUUUAUGUCACUUCAUUUUUUGAUUUUCAAUUUGGGUGAUUGGGUUGGACGUACAUUACCCAUUUGGCCCUCCUGUCAAGUUAGAUCAAGUCGAAUCAUGAUGGUGUAUGCUCUGUUACGGACGUUGUUUUUACCGCUAUUUUUGAUCGUGACGGUGGAAGGAAAUGUGGUGUUUUUAGCCGGGGUAUUUCUCUUGGCUGUGACUAAUGGCUGGCUGACAAGCCUUGUCUUUAUGAUGGCACCAGUGGAUUAUGGAAUGGAAACUAAACCUGUCGUGGCGAGUGUGAUGAGUUAUUUUUUAGUGAUAGGACUUGCUUUAGGUGGACUAUGUAGUUUUUUAUAUUGAACUGAAAAAAAAAAGAAGGAAAAAAGAGAACCACAAGUUGGAAGACAGUUAAAGCGGCGUGUAUUCAAGUUUUUGAAAGUAGCACCGAGGUUAGUUCUUUGGACCGGGCGCUCUCUGUGCGGCGAGCGCCCGAAAACUUGUUGUGUUAC